AUGGGAGCUCUUCCUUCAAAACCUUCUUACUCUCCUAUGUCUCACCACCAGAAUAUCCUUCAAGAAGUUAUUGAAUCAAGUUCCGUAGAAGAUUCUUUGGUCAGAAGCUAUGGAAGAAGCUUCAAUGGCUUUGCAGCCAAACUCACUGAAUCUGAAAGAGAGAAGCUUGCUAGCAUGGAAGGUGUGGUUUCGGUUUUCCCAAACACCGUUUACAAACUUCUAACUACAAAUUCUUAUGAGUUCAUGGGACUUGGCGGCAAGAGCAAGCAAGUCCCUAAUGUCGAGACCAAUACAAUAAUUGGUGUCAUCGAUGGUGGGAUCUGGCCUGAAUCCAAGAGUUUUUCAGACCAAGGCAUUGGCCCGAUACCAAAGAAAUGGAAAGGAACUUGUGCAGGAGGAACUAAUUUCACCUGCAACAAGAAGGUGAUUGGAGCACGACACUAUGUUCAGGACUCGGCGAGGGACAAAGACUCUCACGGGUCACACACGGCUUCAACAGCCGCAGGAAACAGAGUAAAAGGAGUGAGUGUGAACGGUGUGGCAAAAGGAACUGCAAGAGGUGGUGUGCCUAUGGGUAGACUUGCUAUUUACAAAGUUUGCGAGCCAGCAGGCUGCAACGCCGAAGGAAUUAUGGCUGCGUUUGACGAUGCCAUAGCCGAUGGGGUCGAUGUUAUAACCAUUUCCAUUGGAGGAGGUGUAACUAAAGUGGAUAUUGACCCUAUAGCUAUUGGAUCGUUUCACGCAAUGACCAAAGGGAUUGUUACCACAGCUGCUGUUGGAAAUGAUGGCUCUAAACUUGGAAAAGCGGGCAACCUUGCACCGUGGAUCAUAUCAGUUGCUGCGGGUUCUACUGAUCGAAAAUUUGUUACUAAUGUUGUUAGUGGAGAUGGCAAGACGAUACCUGGAAGAUCGAUCAAUGACUUUGACCUAAAGGGGAAGAAGUAUCCUUUGGCGUACGGAAAAACUGCUUCAAACAACUGUACAGAGGAGCUCGCAAGGGGCUGCGCUAGCGGUUGUCUGAACACGGUACAAGGAAAGAUCGUUGUGUGCGAUGUUCCAGAGAAUGUUACGCAACCUAAAGCAGCGGGUGCAGUUGGAGUUAUCCUUCAUGUUACUGAUGUUGACACUCCUGGUCUUGGUCCUAUUCCGGUGGCAACGUUGGAUGAUACCAAUUAUAUGGCAUUCAGAUCUUACGUUCUCUCCGCACCAAACCCACAAGGAACUAUAUUGAAGAGUACGACAGUUAAGGACAACAAUGCUCCAGUCAUUGCUUCUUUCUCUUCUAGUCCAAACACUCUCUUUAGCGACAUUUUGAAGGUCAAUCAAUGCAUGCAGCCUGAUAUAACAGCUCCAGGAGUGAAUAUAUUAGCAGCAUUCUCACCGGUGGCUCAAACCGCGCUUCCUGGACAAAGCGUGGAUUACUAUAUCAUGUCCGGAACAUCUAUGGCUUGUCCUCAUGUCGCAGGUGUAGCUGCUUAUGUCAAGACAUUUCAUCCUGAAUGGUCGGCUUCUGCUGUCAAAUCUGCUAUCAUGACUACCGCUUGGGCAAUGAACGCUUCCAAAAAUGCAGAAGCUGAGUUUGCAUAUGGAGCAGGACACGUUAACCCUAUAGUGGCAGUUGAUCCAGGGCUUGUUUACGACAUAGCCAAAGAGGACUACUUGAACAUGCUAUGUUCUUUGGACUACUCUUCCAAAGGCAUUAGUACUGUCGCAGGUGGAGCUUUUACUUGUGCUAAAUCAAAGCUUAACAUGAGAGAUGUCAACUACCCUUCAAUGGUAGCCAAAGUUUCAGCUUCAUCCACUUCUGACAUCACGUUUUCAAGAACAGUCACCAAUGUUGGGAAAGACGGAUCCUCUUACAAAGCUAAAGUGUCUGGGAAUCCUAAACUCAGCAUCAAGGUUGAGCCAGAGACGCUCUCUUUCAAGUCUUUAGGGGAGAAGAAGUCUUUCACGGUUACAGUGUCCGGCAAAAGUCUUGCAGGCACUUCUGGUAUCGUGUCAGCGUCUCUGGUUUGGUCGGACGGCACACACAGUGUGAGAAGUCCUAUUGUUGUGUAUACUUAG